AUGCCCCUUACGUUGGGGGUCAGUGGGAAGAAUGUCCCUUACAUUGGGGGUCAGUGGGAAGAAUGUCCCUUACAUUGGGGGGUCAGUGGGAAGAAUGUCUCUUACAUUGGGGGUCAGUGGGAAGAAUGUCCCUUACAUUGGGGGUCAGUGGGAAGAAUGCCCCUUACGUUGGGGGUCAGUGGGAAGAAUGUCCCUUACAUUGGGGGUCAGUGGGAAGAAUGUCCCUUACAUUGGGGGUCAGUGGGAAGAACGUCCCUUACAUUGGGGGUCAGUGGGAAGAAUGUCCCUUACAUUGGGGGUCAGUGGUAGGAAUGUCCCUUACAUUGGGGGUCAGUGGGAAGUAUAUUCCUUUUGUUGGUAGCCAGGGGGAAGAAUGCCCAGUUUACAGAUGGCUAAAUUGGUGUCAUGCUGUUGGCUCGGCCAGU